AUGUCCCUCUCUGGGCUCACAGGGACGUCUCUCUUGGAUCACAGGGACGUCUCUCUUGGAUCACAGGGACGUCUCUCUAGUCUCACAGGGACGUCUCUCUCUGGACUCACAGGUAUGUGUCUCUGGGCUCACAGGGACGUGUCUCUGGGAUCACAGGGACGUGUCUCUGGGAUCACAGGGACGUCUCUCUGGGCUCACAGGGACGUGUCUCUGGGAUCACAGGGACGUGUCUCUGGGAUCACAGGGACGUCUCUCUGGGCUCACAGGGACGUGUCUCUGGGCUCACAGGGACGUGUCUCUGGGCUCACAGAGACGUGUCUCUGGGAUCACAGGGACGUGUCUCUGGGAUCACAGGGACGUGUCUCUGGGCUCACAGGGACGUGUCUCUGGGCUCACAGGGACGUGUCUCUGGGAUCACAGGGACGUGUCUCUGGGAUCACAGGGACGUCUCUCUGGGCUCACAGGGACGUGUCUCUGGGCUCACAGGGACGUGUCUCUGAGCUCACAGGGAUGUCUCUCUCUGGGCUCACAGGGACGUCUCUCUGGGCUCACAGGGACGUGUCUCUGGGCUCACAGGUACGUGUCUCUGAGCUCACAGGGACGUCUCUCUCUGGGCUCACAGGGACGUCUCUCUCUGGGCUCACAGGGAUGUGUCUCUGGGCUCACAGGGACGUCUCUCUCUGGGCUCACAGGGACGUGUCUCUGGGCUCACAGGGACGUGUCUCUGGGAUCACAGGGACGUGUCUCUGGGAUCACAGGGACGUGUCUCUGGGCUCACAGGGACGUCUCUCUCUGGGCUCACAGGGACGUCUCUCUGAGCUCACAGGGACGUCUCUCUGGGCUCACAGGGACGUCUCUCUGGGCUCACAGGGACGUCUCUCUGAGCUUACAGGGACGUGUCUCUGGGUUCACAGGGACGUCUCUCUCUGGGCUCACAGGGACGCCUCUCUGAGCUCACAGGGACGUGUCUCUGGGCUCACAGGGACGUGUCUCUGGGCUCACAGGGACGUGUCUCUGAGCUCACAGGGAUGUCCCUCUCUGGGCUCACAGGGACGUCUCUCUUGGAUCACAGGGACGUCUCUCUUGGAUCACAGGGACGUCUCUCUAGUCUCACAGGGACGUCUCUCUCUGGACUCACAGGGACGUGUCUCUGGGAUCACAGGGACGUGUCUCUGGGAUCACAGGGACGUGUCUCUGGGCUCACAGGGACGUCUCUCUGGGAUCACAGGGACGUUUCUCUGGGCUCACAGGGACGUGUCUCUGGGAUCACAGGGACCUCUCUCUGGGAUCACAGGGACGUCUCUCUGGGAUCACAGGGACGUGUCUCUGGGAUCACAGGAACGUGUCUCUGGGCUCACAGGGACGUGUCUCUGGGAUCACAGGAACGUGUCUCUGGGCUCACAGGGACGUGUCUCUGGGAUCACAGGGACGUGUCUCUGGGAUCACAGGAACUUGUCUCUGGGCUCACAGGGACGUGUCUCUGGGAUCACAGGGACGUGUCUCUGGUUUUGGUACCAUGAGUUCUAG